AUGUCUGUAUUUUCGAUUUUCGCGAAUUUUUUCUUUUGCAGGGGGAUUGUUUUAGAGCCUCGUUGUCCCAGAAGCGUCGAUGGGAUUAGCAUUGACCCUGAGCCUAACUGGAAUUUCGAUAGCUUAGUCUCUGAGAUCGAGUCUGUUGAGAAGAAGCUCAAUGCCUUUUCGAAGUUUCCCCAACCAUUCAUUAAGAAAACCUUACGGAUGGGAAGGAGUGGUAGAGGGGGAUUUGUGAUGCGUAUAUCAGAAGAUGAGAUGGAGAGUGAUGAAGAUGAAGAGAGUGGUGAAGAAGAAGAAGAAGAAAACCAUAGUCAAAUUUGUACAAAAGGGAAACGUUUUGCCUGUGAUGAGCUAUACUUGAGUGAUGAAUCUGACGAUGAGUUUGACUGUGAACCUGAGCCCCUUUUGAUGAGUAAGAUGGGUGUGGCUGAGAAUGUCCUAUAUGAGGUGAUCAACGACCAACAAAUCGAAGUUAAGGAAGAUAUUAGGAGUCAAGUGUCGGUUGUUGAAGCAGAAAUAAUGAACGAGAUUGAAACAUCUCGCUCUGCAAUAGCUAGGGUCGAAAAGUAUAGUGAAACUAGAAAAGAAGUUGAACGGAAACUGGAUCUUCAAUAUCAACGAAAAGUUGCUGAAGCACUUGAUACCCAUCUGACUGCAGUCCAACGUGAUCAUGAAAUUAAAUCGCAAAUAGAAGAAAGAAAAUUAAGGAGCGAGGAAGCUCAGGAGGAGGCCAGGAGGCGAGAAAGGGCACAUCAAGAAGAGAAAAUACGUCAAGAAAAAGCUCGUGCAGAGGCUGAACUAGCAAAAAUCAGAGCUGAAGAAGCAAAGAAAGAAGUUGAGAGAAAGGUAGCCAAAGAAGCAGCUGAAAAGGAAGUAGCAGAUCACAAAGCUGCUGAACAAAAACUUGCGGAAGAGAAGGCUGUGAAAGAUAGAGUUAGUGUUGCUAGUAGUUCAGCUACAACGAAUGCUCAACCUGGGGGUAAAUCAAUCCAAGCUGCAGAAAGUGCUUUGACAUUGGAGAAGCUCAGAUUGAAGAAGCUCGAAGAGUUAGAAGCAAUGAACCAAUCGCUAAAAUCACGUUCAAAUGAGGACUUUAGCAGCUUUGAAAAGCAUAUUGCAAGGGCGAUAAAGCAAAUAAGGGGGACAAAGGAGAAUGUAAGUACGAAAAGCAGCGAAAUUGUCAAAAUAUUGAAAGACCCUCGUUGUCCGGUGUCCAUCAGUAUUGCAACUUUUGCGAAGAAGAUCGUCUCCGCUAAAGAUCCUUUUGCAGGCAGCUACGUCAUUGUUUACGUCACCUCACAGUUUCCACAAGCUAUGGAUAUUCUUCUUGCUGAAUUCCACAAAGCUUGCAUUUACACUGUCCCGAAGCAUAUUGUUAACUCACAGUCAGCUUGGGACACAGACGCAUAUCAACGCCUAGAUUCCAUAAUGAGACUCUACGGUGCACUUGUCCAGACCGAUGUUCGUGGCGGCAAUGUCACUAACAUUCAUGGGAUUGAACAUGGAUGGGCUUGGUUUGCCCGGUUCCUUAACAAAAUCUCAGCCAACAACAGAGUUACCGCAACUGCCUUAAAUGCAUUUCUCCAGACGGCAGGGUUUGGUCUUCAUCAGAGGUACAAAUCUCAGUUCUUGAAAAUUCUGAGCAUUGUCAGAGAUCAUUUCUUGCCGAAACUGCGUGCGAAAAAGGACACGUCGGAUCUACAAGCGAUCAUACUCGAUAUCGCGACGUACAUAGAGGACCGGAUGUAUCUUAAGGAACCUGAAGGAAGAACUCUGAAGGCGAAUACUUUGUCGGCGGAGUUUACUGCUGAAGUAGAUCAGCAGAGCAACAACAAUCAGCAUUACCAGAGGAAUUAUUACGGAGGCUAUUAUUGAUUGAUGUAUCUCUUUCGUCAUAUAGAAGAAACCUAUCUCAAUUUUCCUUUACACUGUUGUAACAAAUGAUAACAGUAUCACAUCAAUAUUUGAAAAAUCAAACAUGCUAUCUCUUUAUUGAGUAUUUUUGUUUCAUUUUAAGACUCAGUGGUGAAGAACUGGAACGAGUUCAAGAGCUGCUUUCUUGCUGAGAGUGAUCACUCCGGUUUCUUCCAAGACGAUCGUUUUUCCCACUGGCAAUCCCCAGUCGAAGAAGUAGAGCAGAUUCAUCAGUCCCAAUUCCACUGUGGCCUUCCUCAUCUCCGGACAGAUUUUCUGGCCAGAACCAAACGGUAAAAGCUCAAAGUCUAGUCCCCUGUAAUCUCUCGAACUGUCGAGAAACCUGUCGGGAUUAAACUCAUCUGGGUUUGUCCAGAGGUUUGGAUCGCGUGCCAUCGCGUAGACGUUGAUGAUGAUCAUGGCUUCCUCGGGGAUAUCAUAGCCUUGGAUCUUCGCGACUCCAGACAAUGUCUCUCUAUGUGGCAAAAUUGGAACUGGUGGGUGUAACCUGAAUGUCUCUUUGACCACGAGCUUCAAGUAGUGAAUCUUGUUUAGAUCAUCUUCUGUGAUCCUCUCCUUCUUUUCCCCGAGUGUUGUCCUAAUCUCUUCUUGCACUUUCUUCAUAACUCUCGGGUUUUUCAUCAGCUCUGUCAUCGCCCAGACCAACGCGAUGACACUUGUGUUUACUUCCGCAAGAAAUAUGUACCGUGAUGAUUCCUCUGAGAUAUUCCGUAGUGAGUUUGAAAGAAUCUUCAUCUUUCUCUUCCUUUUUCAUCACAUUGAUCAUCGCGUCCAUGAUAUCUGGGUUCUCUAGUACUGUUCUUCCAGGCUUGAGAUGAUCAUCAAGAACGUUCUGAAAGAAAGUGUCGAGUUCCGAGAAAACCUUUUUCGAUUUCUUUUUCAGACCGAAAAUCCGGUCAAUGAGCCAAACGAAUCCUCUAGGGAGUAAUUUAGAGAAGGAAUCAAACUCAGUGACCAGAUCAAACUUGUGCACAAGAUCCGCGAUGCUAUCUUCAUCUAUGAACUUACA